AGGAGAGUGUGUGGGAGCCGGGCUCGGCUGUGGAGGGUGGUGAAGGUGCCGUUCAUGGUGCAUGGAAGGCGAGCCAAUGCGCAGGUGUACCAGCAUCCGACCAGCAGAGACUGGCAUGGAUGUCACAAGCCGCUGCACUCUCGGAGACCCCAACAAACUGCCGGAAGGGGUUCCCCAGCCUGCACGCAUGCCCUACAUCUCAGACAAGCACCCUCGGCAGACCUUGGAAGUGAUUAACCUUCUGAGAAAGCACCGGGAGCUAUGUGACGUGGUGCUGGUUGUGGGGGCCAAGAAGAUCUACGCGCAUCGGGUCAUCCUGUCGGCCUGCAGUCCCUACUUCCGGGCCAUGUUCACCGGCGAGCUGGCCGAGAGCCGGCAGACGGAGGUGGUGAUCCGGGACAUAGACGAGCGGGCCAUGGAGCUGCUCAUCGACUUCGCCUACACGUCCCAGGUCACCGUGGAGGAGGGCAACGUGCAGACUCUGCUGCCGGCCGCCUGCCUCCUUCAGCUGGCCGAGAUACAGGAAGCCUGCUGUGAAUUCUUAAAGAGGCAGUUGGAUCCUUCUAAUUGCCUGGGCAUCCGGGCUUUUGCUGACACACAUUCAUGCCGUGAGUUGCUGAGGAUAGCGGACAAGUUCACUCAGCAUAACUUCCAAGAGGUGAUGGAAAGUGAGGAGUUCAUGUUGCUGCCGGCCAACCAACUCAUUGAUAUAAUAUCUAGUGACGAGCUGAAUGUUCGCAGUGAAGAGCAAGUGUUCAAUGCAGUGAUGGCCUGGGUCAAAUACAGCAUUCAGGAGCGGCGGCCGCAGCUACCCCAGGUGCUCCAGCACGUCCGCCUGCCUCUGCUUAGUCCCAAGUUCCUGGUGGGCACGGUGGGCUCCGACCCCCUCAUCAAAAGUGAUGAAGAAUGCAGAGACUUGGUCGACGAGGCCAAGAACUACCUGCUGCUGCCUCAGGAGCGACCCCUGAUGCAGGGCCCCCGGACGCGGCCUCGCAAGCCCAUCCGCUGCGGGGAGGUGCUGUUCGCAGUCGGUGGCUGGUGCAGUGGAGACGCCAUUUCCAGUGUGGAGAGGUACGACCCACAGACGAACGAGUGGCGCAUGGUGGCUUCAAUGAGCAAGAGGCGGUGUGGGGUCGGGGUGAGCGUCCUCGAUGACCUGCUGUACGCAGUGGGAGGCCACGACGGCUCUUCUUACCUCAACAGUGUGGAAAGGUAUGACCCCAAAACAAACCAGUGGAGCAGCGACGUGGCCCCGACCAGCACCUGCAGGACGAGCGUUGGCGUGGCCGUGCUCGGCGGCUUUCUGUAUGCUGUGGGCGGCCAGGAUGGCGUGUCUUGCCUCAACAUUGUCGAGAGGUAUGACCCCAAGGAGAACAAGUGGACCCGGGUCGCUUCGAUGAGCACCAGAAGGCUGGGCGUGGCCGUGGCCGUGCUGGGAGGGUUCUUGUACGCAGUAGGCGGCUCUGACGGGACGUCCCCUCUGAACACAGUGGAACGCUACAACCCUCAGGAGAACAGGUGGCACACCAUCGCCCCUAUGGGGACGCGGAGGAAGCACCUGGGCUGCGCUGUGUACCAGGACAUGAUCUAUGCUGUGGGGGGCAGAGACGACACCACCGAGCUCAGCAGUGCCGAGAGGUACAACCCCAGGACCAACCAGUGGUCCCCAGUGGUGGCCAUGACGUCCCGCCGCAGCGGGGUUGGCCUCGCGGUGGUCAACGGGCAGCUGAUGGCAGUAGGCGGUUUUGACGGUACAACGUACUUGAAAACCAUUGAGGUGUUUGAUCCUGACGCCAACACAUGGAGGUUAUAUGGCGGCAUGAAUUACCGCCGGCUCGGGGGUGGCGUCGGCGUGAUCAAAAUGACACAUUGUGAGUCCCACAUCUGGUGACCGUGGAGAGGACGGUGUGCUCCAUGCUCUGGAGCUGCGUACUGCUUGAAAAACAUUAGAACAAAGUUUAUUCUUUGCCGGUGCCUCAACAUACGGAAAUACAGAUCCAGUCCAAGUCCUCCGCCUGCGAGACGUGCCUGCGCUCACGCCUUGGGCUCUCUGCAGGGCACUGUUUAUUUGGGAUUUUAAUUUAUCUUGGCUUUUUGUUUUUGAUCAGUUUGUAAGUUUGCGUGCUUUACAGGUAUUGAUGUAAGUUUGCAGCUGCUGUUAGGGCAGCGAGGCUCGUUGUCUCUGAGCACUCCAUUCACGGGAUUGUACCUGCGGCGAGCAGCAGUGGGCAGACGGGGUGCCAGACGGAUUGGCCAGCCAUCAUUGUUGCACUAAGCACCAGAAGACUUGAAAAUCCAAUAGUAAUAAUAUUAAUAAAAUAUAAGUAAAUAUUUUAAAUAGUACAACUGAAAAGGGUGCAGCCAGGACUCAGCUGUUCCAGGCUCCAGCAGUGGGCGUUCUCACCUUACUUCGUCUGUCCUACAAGUCUUUUCUGUGACGCUGUCAGUGCCGUGGAUCUGCAGCCCUGCGCGUGCCUCUUCGGAAGCAGCCUGUGGUCUCGUUUGCUGCCUUGGGAGUUUCCCGGUGGAAUCAUGCACAGCCCCUGCAAGAGUUUCUGUUGUAAAAUGUUCAUGACUGAAGCCACUUUCCUUCCUGGUACCUUAUUGCUGCCAAAGGCAAGUUGCAAGAAGUCGCUUCUCCCACGCAGUACUUUCUGUUAGGGAAUCUACACGUGACGCUCGGCAGAGAGGACAGCCCCAGGGACACCGGGGCCUCCGCAGGACCAGGUCAGCUGGGAGGACAGCCGCCAGCCAAUGAAUUCAGUCCAUUUAACGAUAGUGCAUGUAAAUGAGCGUGAAACCAACAGAGGCAUUUUAUUCACAUUCUGGCUCUUUUAUAGAGACUUUACCAUCUGCAUUCUUUAAGGCCACUGUUAACUGUUUCAGACUGCACUUCCUGGUAAAAGCUAAAAUGUUUAAGGGAAUCAGUAACAGUUCCAGUAGUUUUAAUUUUUUUUCUCAUUCUGUUCUGCCGGAAAAUCUUUCCGUAAGCCUUUACGUAUAACCAGAAGGGUCCCUUCGCCCCCACCCUCUGCCCUACUGCGGAAAGGUUUGGCAACUUUUGUGUUUACAUUACAGAUCAUUUGCACCUUUUUCAAG